AUGCCUGCCACCACCCUAGAAAGGCAGUUGAUUGAGCCCACGGCGUCAGUUGUAGACAAGUUACCAUCCCUCUUGCCACCACCAGCAGCUCCAAUCAGAGAGAAGCCUAAGAAGGGUCUGCUCCACCUGCAUUACCCGAGAAGAUCUCACCUGUCUAGACCCAUUCUGCGCUGGCUGCAGGGCCUGGACCUCAGCUUCUUCCCUAGGAAUAUCACCAGAGAUUUUUCCAAUGGCUACCUAAUUGCAGAAAUACUCAGUGCAUAUUUCCCCUGGGACCUUAAAAUGCCAUCCUUUCAAAAUGGAACAUCUUUAAAAGUCAAGUUGGAUAACUGGGCACAGUUGGAGAAGUUCCUUGCAAGGAAAGGACUCAAAUUGCCUAAGGAUCUAAUCUAUGGAACCAUUCACUGCAAAGCUGGCAUCCCUGAAAUACUGAUACAAGAGCUUUACAAACUGUUAACACAUCGAAAGAAUAAAAGUAUCCAAGAUGACCUUGUGAAUUUCAUAGAUUAUAAUUAUCAAAAGCAGUUACCUCUGGUUCCCAGGUCUAUAGCUUCCAAAUCUAUUAAAAAUAACACUCGGUUAUCAGAGUUACUAAAUCCCAACACACUCACCAGUGAACUUAAAGAAGAAUUCCUCUUCUUUUUACAAAUGCUUCACAGAAAAUUGAAUUCAAAACGAUUUGAGGCCAUGCCUACAGAGGAGGAACUUAGUCUGGAUUAUCUUCCUGGUCAGCCUACUGGACACAAAAAUAAUUUAAUCAUUUCAAGCCAAAUGGUUAUUCCUGUUCCAUGGUGGGUUUAA